GGUGUCAUCAUCCUCGCUAUUAACUCGAUAAUUUAUUUGAAGCAGACUAUGCCCUGUUGCUCGCUUCCAUUAAACUGUUACGCCAAAGCAACGACCAGCUUUCCCAUGCGUCAAGAAGUUCCGCUCUGUGGCCCACUUUCUUUAGAUAGUUGUCGAGCGCUUAUUAUCUCGGAUUCCCAGUUCCUGGUAGUUACCAAACAUGGAGUCAUCUACAUAAUUACGCUUUGGCUGGAGAAGGCUACACAAGCAGUGACCAGCCUACUGUUUCAUAAAGCCGGCGAAGCUGUUCCUGCGAGAACGCUGUGUUUGAUCGAACCGGAUCACAUCUUCCUCGGCUCCAGGCUUUCUAAUUCCCUUCUUCUCCGUUUCACUUCGUCUCUUGUUCAAAUGGAUUCGAAUGGGUUACUGCAAUCACAAAGCCAAUUGAUGACAGGUAGUGAGUCUACGCUUCCUGCAUAUGAUGCUGACGAACACUCUUUAGUCAAGCGAAAACGCCUAUCUUCUUCAUCUGAGCUUGCAGGUCCUAUGACUUCUAGCCAUCUUCCCGAAGCCAUAACCACUCAAUCUAAUUUGGACAGAAAUUUUGACAAUGCUCAGGAAACUUCUGUGAAAGACUCGCUAUUGCAAAACAUGGAGAAUCAUCAUAAGGUUGUGAAAGAUAUAGUGUUAGACGAAUAUGGAGAGUCUUCAUCAGAAACGCAUCCCCAGCACGCCUUUGAUGAGACUGGAAUGUGCGAUGUUGAGUUAGAUGUCCGGCAGCCGGGUCAGACAUGUACCUUAGCUGAUUUCGAUGAAAUUGAUUUAGAUCUAUACGGAGACUCUGUGAUUCAGCUCUCUUCUGUUUACAGGCCAGUGAAUACGUAUUCGUUUAAGGUACCUUAG